UUUGUUGUUGUCAUUUAAUAAAAAAUAUAUCUGACGAUGCUCACAAAUAUUAUAAAGGAAAUGGGAAGAAGAUGACCAAUGGAUCUUUGGCGUGCUUGGCAACUGCUUGUAUCUCGCCAGCUUUCAACAUAACCAUCACGGAAUGUUUGGAAAAAUGGUUCACUGCAGUUACAACGGUGUUGUUGUCACCCUACAAGACUAUAGAUGUGGAAGUUGCCAUGAACACCUUGAAGCAGCUCAGUCAUGAAAGUCCAAACAGCCUAGUUGAUGAGCUAAUAACAAAACAAAAAAAAGUUAUAUUAGAUGAACAAAUAAGAGAUUCUAAGACAUUUUACCGGUAUAAAGAUUCCAAGUUCUUGUCUCGAUUUGAAAAUAUAGUUGUACAGGUAAAAAAAACAUUAAAAAUGUGUACUAGCUCUGAAGAAAAUCCAUUGUGUAGCAUUGAAUUCUACAAUGAUAUGAUGGGGUCUAUAAUUCCAGUAAUUCCAAUGUGGACAGGUGUGAUGCGGUUCAAAGUAUUUGGGUCGACAGACCGAGCAAGCAAUGAUCCAGCAGAGAGUUGGUUUGGAGAUUUAAAGACGAACAAAAAAUGCGAGCGCAUGAAAUGUGGAAGAUUUGUUCAAUUCACUAGAAGUAUUAUACUGAGUAGAUGUAAGGAAGUACUGCUAGAUAUACCAUCCAAUUAUUGUGUACUUCUUCCGGUCCAAAAUAUACAAAAGAAAAUCACAAAAAAGAAUGUACGUCAUUCAUCAAUUUGAUUUCGUCAUCAUCUGACGAUGACGAGGAAAAAGAAUGAUGGGGACCGAGAAAGAAAAAAACAGGGUUCUAUUUUAAGGGUCAUUUAAAAGCUGCUUCAAAGCAAUUUAAGGCACGGACAGUUA